AUGCUGACGCAGAAGAUGAAGAAGGCAAUCACAGAUAACCCAAAGAAGCUUGCCAACUUAAUUGAUCUUGUAAAUCUUCCUUCUACGCUUAGAGAUUUUGUGGGCCAGUCUCAGAUUUCUCGUUUGGGCUGCUUCAAGUUUGUCUGGUCCUAUAUCAAAACCAAUAAACUCCAGGAUCCAAACAACAAGAAUGUGGUCAAUUGUGAUGAAAAGUUGAAAAGUAUCUUGUUGGGCAAGCAACAGGUUGAAUUGGUGGAACUUCCUGCACUGAUCAAAUUGCAUUUUCCUAAACAACAAAAGUGA